AUGACUUCUCGCAGCAUUUUUUUGUUACUCAUUCUGCUUGUAACUCAAAGAGAAAGUAUUUUAGCGUUAUACAGUAAUGGGAAAACUGUAUCUGAUGUCGUUAUAUUCUACAAUGCUUCGAGUAGGUACAUGCGGAACAUUGUACAAAGGGCAGAAUCCUUGUUCCUUGCUAACAGACCGAGGAGCAAGAUUAGUCUUGAGCAGGAAGCUUCAGAGGUUUAUGUAAAUCCUUUGCCCAUUGACAGCAAUAAGAUAGCGCUCAGUCAAGUUGGUGCCAGCGGAGGAUCUCUCUCUCAGAUCUGGAAUAUCUCAUCGCAGACUCUGGGUGCCAUUUUUGUGGACGUCAACGUUGAUGCCCUUUAUACUUCGUCACUUUUGGAGGAAUUGGAUUUCCCGACCAUUGGGAUCUUUCAAAGCGAGGGACAACCGAGAACACAGGUACACAGUGGUAGCUAGCAGGUAGAAGAUUUUCUUAAAAUGCUAGGACAAUCUUUAAAUUAUCACUGAACAAAUCGAGGAUCUCAUUCAUUACGGUCCCUUAGAGACCACGAGAUAAAAAUUACAUCAAUCCUGAUUAAGAUUUUCUUCCGAACAGUUUAAAGUUCAUAUUUUCUUAGUGAAAAAAUCACCGGCUUUCUUUUAAUUUUUUUCUGUUUAUUUGGAGGAUCUAACCAAAAUGAAACCAAGGUUAGAGGCUUAAUUCCAAAAUAUUUAAUGUUGACCAAAGCGUCGCAUUUAGUUUUAUUUGUUUUUUUCGGGGGGUACAUAUAAUCAUACAACCGGAUUCACAAACCCGAAAAAACCAAUAAAUCACUUAAUCAUAUAUCGCUGUUUUUUUUUUCAAAGCUGGUAACAAUUACGAAAGCUUUUCCUUGACCUAAUUGUUGAUGGAUGGAAGUAACCGUAAUGCAAAUUAACGAAGAUUUAUAUACCACACGAUGAUUCCUUUUCCUCGCCCCUCAAUUAAAACCAGUUUUCUCAGAGAAUUUACCAAGGAAAGGCUGGCAUCUUUUGUUUCUAUUUCCGUUUCAUUUUUAUCGAUUUUUGGACGCAUUUUCUCUAAAAAAUUUUCGUGUUAAUUGUAAUGACUCAAAGAUAUGCAAAUCCACUUUAUUUAAAUCCAGCUGAUUUUUUAGACUCCUAACAGAUGAAUUAUUUCAUCAACUCAGAUUCUCUGACGAGUAUCUGAAGAAUUAUGGAAAAUUUUUUUUUUCUAAGUAUUUAAUGGCGUUCACAUCGGAUCAGUCGUCAUGAUGGAAUAACAGUAUCAAAAAUAUCUCACUAUUUGAAGCAGUCUCUUUAUUCCAUCAACACCUGUAAAUUUUAAUUAAAGGAGUUUUAAAAAAAACAGUAAGUUUUGUUCUGCCAGGUUUUCGAUUUGCAUUUGUUUUUCCCAUGUUAUUUUAAAUUUAUUCGAUAUUUUUCUUUAACCUUAAGUUACAGUGCUCUUUUCACAAAUAUGAUUCUUUCCGUUGUUACUAAUUAUCAUAAUUAGUACUGUCUCAUUAAAUUAAAUUAUUCAUACACUUUGGCUGAAAAACCUCCUAACCGAAAAAUAUAUUUUUAUUUUUCUUUUUUGCUUGGUCCUUAUCUUGUAAGACUGUUUAGAAUGCUCAUUAUUCACAAGCAAGCUUUUCAUGAUUUAUUUCCUCAGCCUUAAAGUUUCCUUUGCUAAUACAAAUGUAUGACUAUGUACAGUAUUAAAGAAAAUUAAAAAGAGAACUUUCUUUGACAGCUAAAGUGCUCAGAUAAAAAUUUCAGGAGAGUCUUAACAAGAAAAUUUAAAAUCCAUUUAGCCUUGUAACCGUUCGGCUCAUCAUAGGCCUUUCAUCCAAAUAUGAAUCAACUUCUCUAACAAACCAAAAAAAAGAUAAAAGUUGUUAUCAACAAACAGCUAAACCUUAUUACAAGUUGUCGAGGAUAAGAUGAUGCCUAGUGUGGGCCAGUUGCACAGAUGUAAAAUUUGUACCAUUUCCUAGAUUUUCAUUUCCGUGUGUUUAUUAGGAGAGUCCUGCCGACUUUACGAGAGUUGCUUUACCAUCGGUCAAGUAUUAUGCUCAGAUUAUUUGGGAGCUCAUGAAAAAGACAGAACGACGUAGUCUCUGCUUGGUGCUAUCCGUUGAUUCAGAUGGACAAGAACUUGCGGACUCAAUGACUCAAGUGGCAGAAAAGGAGAAAUGGUUUAUCAACAAGAUAUUUUGGCUUGUCGAGAAUAAUGUGCCGUCAAUUAAAAAUAUCUCAGCUUCUCUAUCAUUUCUUCAAAGCGACGUUGUAGUGGUACACAGCAGAAAUGAAGACAAUGGAGUUUUGCUUGGACUGCUGACGGAAAACAACACUUCGCACUCUUUAUGGGUUGUUACUGAUGUUACGAUGUUUGGGUUAUCAAAUGUUCACAUCCUUCCAGAUGGCUUGAUAAGAAUCAACGCUAGGAGUGAGAAUAUUGACUCUACUUUUUACUCAGACGCUAUUUACGAUGCUCUUCUCCUUUAUCAAGCUGCAUUGCAAAAAGCGCUUGGGAUGGACUUACAUCAGAUUACUGAAAAUGUUUGUUAUGAAUACAAUGGAGAUAUUGGGAGUCUAAUUUAUAGGUAAGUUGUUUCGCCGAAAAAAGGGGGAAAACUCCUCUACUUUAAUUUUACUAACUCGAGAAAUCUACACUUAUCCGGGAUAAGUGUAUAUUUCACGGAACUGAAAGCUACUGAUACAACAUCCAGUCAUGUGAUUUGUUCUUAAGUACAGUAAGAAAGAUGAUAAGUUUUGAGCUCGGUAAAGAAACAGAGGAAGUCACGUGCGUGGGACAAAGAAAAUUCUGAGUUCCCAUGAGGAAUUGAACCUCAGACUUUCGGAUUCCGCGCUCCGAUGCUCUACCACGGAGCCGCAGAGACUCUAUUGUGAGCAAGGCUCAUUACGAAGGUAAUGUAUGACACGCGUCCUGCAUACUGCUAGGAUCAAUGGCGUUAUGUUUGUAAACAGAGAAAGAAGGAUGGUAAGUCUUGAGCUCAGUAAAGAAAUGGAGAAAGAUUUUUUUGUCACACACACUCGUGACAAUACGAAAAACAUCUUUUUUAAUUUGUUCUUGUUUUCACGUGACUAUGUUCCCACCGAUAGAGGCGCUAUAAUUUUAGUUGGUAACAAAGAUCGUUGUGAAGUCAUGUGGCUGGGCAAUGGAGUAUUUGGUUUGAUGAAAUAGUUAUCUAGUGCUAGGUCUUUUCGUCCUAGUCAAUUCUCACACGGGUCUCCUUUGGCGAAUUAAAAAUGACAUAAGUAAAGUUACAAGGUUAAACUUAGUAUUCAGCAGCAGUUUUACGCCAAAACGUCCUUGGAGCUAAUUUAUUUCUUCUCACGUAUUGUUUUCUUUUUUAACAUGCAAGGAAUGUAAAAGAUUCAUACCUUGAAGGCUUAAGUUCUCUGUUCGUGGAACCUUCACUCCACAAGAAAUCAACGACAUCAUUUGAAAUAUGGAACCUUCGAGGUGAUAAAAAUGGUGCAAAAUGUUGGACCCUUGUUGGGCUGAGUACGCCGAGUGGUUUUGCGCUUGACACCGUAAGGGUCCCAAAUGGGAGCACUAUCACCCCACCUGCUGUGCCAAUGACACAUGUGGUGCGAGUUCCUGUGAAUGAGUACAGUCCUUGGGUCCAAAUUGAGGACUCUCGCAUAGAUGGCAGGGGGAGUUACUAUUGUAUCGGAAGAGGACAACUUUGUUACAAAUAUCACAACGGAAGCAGAAUAAAAAAGAGUACUCUUUGUUGCUCGGGUGUCUCCAUCGAUCUGCUUGUCAUGAUGCAGAACGAGUUGGGGUUUCAGAGCGAGAUCUACUUCACUCCAGAUGGUAACUACGGCGAUUUUGACGAGAACAAGGGUAUGUGGAAUGGAAUCGUUCAGGAGGUGGUAUCAGGACAAGCGGAUUUCGCCAUUGACAUAUCAGUAAAUUCCAUAAGAGCAAAGUACCUUGACUUCGCUCAACCUUUUGUCCACGUCGCUUUGAACAUUUUGGUUUUGAAGGAUUUGCGAGUAAAUGACGGUGAGGCUAACGAGGUUUCUUUGUUUAAUGAUGAAAAUAAAAUGUUCCAGGAUAAUUAAGGUGGUCAAACAUAUUAAUGAUAAUGAUAAUAAUGAUGAAAAAAUCACGAUCGUAAUCAUCAUCAUGGUAGAAACAAUCAACAAACUGUCUUUUCACUUCAAGCUUAACUGUCAUCAAAUUGGUUUUAAGGAAAACGACUCUUCUUACCUGAUCAUGGACUGACGUGAGAAUACCUGUAGAAAUUUAGACUCUACACAGCCCGUUAAAAAUUAGUUGAUAGGUCCAAUGAGCGGGGAAACGUCUGUCAAGAGGACUCGUUACUACCGAUGUCUUCCUCUGCCUACCAUUUUUGCCAUUAUCAAUUGAGUGAACACCAACAGGAUGGACCUUUAGAGUCAAUUUUUUUCGGACAAAUAAACAAAGAAAGAUAAUAAAACAAUUUUUAGAAAUCAAACUCAAAUAAUUUUGGUACUGCGUUCAUUCGUCAUCUAUCUAGAAUUAAUGACAGGUGUUAUGUAGCUUUUGUUACAAGAUUUGGAAACAUGAAAUCAAAACCGAGACAUUGCAUUGUUGAACCAAUAAAAAUCCUUGCAUCAUUCAGCUUAUUAUAUGAUCACCCAUACGUCAUAGGCAAGAACCAAUCAAAAUGCAUGUGUCAUUCAGCUUAUCAUAAAACCUGAUUUGUUGCAUAGAAAUUCAGUGGACUUCUUGGCUGGAGCCUUUUCAGUAUGAACUGUGGUUCUUCAUACUCGGAUUUAUCAACAUCAUUUUACUUGUAACUUGGUGGAUUGACCGGAAGAGUCCAUAUGGACAUUAUCGACAAGUUGAUAGCGGAGACGAUGGUUUCACAUUACUAGGUAUAUUAUUGUUGUUGUUUUCAUUUCUAGUUCCAACUUUAAACUUAUUAUUCUCCCUAAGCCUCCUUCGGUAUAGACUGUUCAGUAACAUCAACUGAUCUCAUUCCUUAGUUCUGAAAUUAUUUGUGUUUGUUUAUUUAAACUAAGUUGUUAUGUAUAUUUCCUAUGCUUUUUAAGUUAACAUUUGCCAUUACAUUUCUUUUCGUUUUGGGAAUAUUCCCUCUCAUCAAACGGUUAUUUUUUGGUCUCAUAUGCAUAUGCUUUGGAGGAAAUUUGUAUCUUACAACAAAGAACCACAGUGAUAUGGUAACGAAGCGCCUUUUAAAUUUCAUCCUUCAUUCAAAUUAUUUGAGAUGGAAUGGCCACUUCGCACAUAUGUGGAAAUAAAAAGUUUCGUAUUAGCUCUAAUAGUAGUCUACAAUGCUCUGAUCUUGAUGCCAGUGUAGCACCAUAUAUCAUCACACUUACUUCGUAUCAACAGACUCUAUGACAUACGUAUGGGGAGUUGCGUUCGGAAAAGACAUAGGUGCUGAAAAGACUCCCCAUAGCAGUAGUGCAAGAUGUGUCUCUACAUUCUUUGCAUUCUUUGCUUUAAUUGUCGUCAACACUUACUGCGCAAAUCUAAUGGCUUUUUUAGUCCAAGAGGAGUUUGUACUUCCUAUCAGCGGAAUACGGGACGAAAAGGUAAUUUUUUCCGAUCAAUAUCCAGUUCUAACAAAGACUGGCGAGCCUUUUGAUGCUAACUUUAACAUGAACUAAUAAAAAAUUAUGAUGCAAACUAAUUUCAAUAUCAAUAUUCACUAAUUCGACUUCAACUUCCCACAUAACUUCUCACUGUGUUUGGGUAAGGCAUUUUUCAGUAAGGUGUGUUUGGACGAUUUUAAUUGUGUCACGAUAGAAAUUUACCUGCUCUCCGAUAGUAACGCACUGUAACAUUGUUAUGAUCUCCCCUCAUUGCCAGUUAAUUGGCAUCAAAUUUUUAUGGUCACCUCUUUAUAACCUGUUGGGGACGGCGGACUGAUCCCUUCCCAAUCCCCCUGAGAACCAUGCGGUCUCACCAGAAUCCUCCCUUCCUAUGGGAUAGAUAAUCACUGUUCCCUUAAUACCUCUUUAUCGGGCCUGUGAAAAGGGAAAGGGUCACCGUGAAACCGUGACUUACAGCCUUUUCUAUAUCUGUCACUUGCUACAGAUUCGACAUCCGUCUCUCAUGCCGCCCAACGGUUUCAAGCUUGGAGUACAAGAAAAUUCCCAAGAAGAGAGCUAUUUUAAAUUUCACAGCGAGGACAUGUUUCGUGAAAUUUACCAAGUCAACUUACAAGUCAAUUUUGUGAGAAAUUUCGCAGAUGGCCUUGAAAAAUUAAAAAACAGGUAAGGCAAAUUAAAGAGAGACAAGAAGAAUUUAUGUUGGUAAACAAAUGAGAACUUUCUGUAUAGCCAUGAAUCUGGGCAUGCCUCAGCAGUGGUUUUCGACACACGACGUGCUUUUGAGGGUUGUUACUUGAAAGUCAACAGGUUUGGUAUAAUGCUGAAACUCGUGACGACAACAAAGCGAUCAAAGUGUGUAAUUAUGCGAACCGCACUCCACUGCGGUUCGUGCAUAUGUAUGAGCAUUGUUUUUCAUUGUCACAUGUCUCUCUCGGGAAAACUUGCUCUCAAGUACGCACGUGUAGAAUAAUUUACGCAUACGUAAUGAAUAACACACUUUGAUUGUGUUGAAGUCCUAAUGUAGUGGGUCGUGAUGUGUGAUCACACAGGUCAUAAUGUAAAUCUUGAAAGCCUAUUAAGCAUCACGAUUGCAAAAGGUCUUUAUGCACCUUUUUGGAAAUAUUUGAGUAUCGUGUAAUUUCAUGAAUUUUGAAGGAUUACAGUUCCUAGUUAAGGUUAAAAUAAGUUUUUACUGGAUAAAACGACUUUUAGUUUUAAGAUCACAAAAUGGGGGUACGCAGGGGCUGGGCAGCAAAUCCUGACAUGUCCACAACAUAGUCUCAAUGCAAUUUUUCUUCAAAAUGCGCAAGACUUGGCACAAAAGUGAAAGGGUAAAGGGCACUCACCAAACCUCAAUCUCGCGUUGAGUUAGCCGCUAGUGCUAGUAGGACGACGGUAGAUAAGUGAUGCACAAAUCUCUGACACAGCUCCUCAUGAAGGAAAAAAGGACGGAAAUGCAAACACAGGCACAAAGAAAACUAAAGGAAAAAACUAACCAAACAAAUCCGAAUUCAAUUAGUAUUAUUGAAAUUAGGGAAUUACCACCACAUUUUUAUUUCUAGGGUUUAUCCGUUUUAAAUUCUCAUUUUUCUUCUCACUUUUAAGGGAAAUCCACGGAUUGGUCGGAGAUCAUCUUUCAUUGAGCCAGGUCGCUAAUAACGACAUUGACUGUUCCUACAGUUUAGCUGGACCAAACUUUUUCAACUUUGGAUUGGGGAUAGCGCUGCCAAAGGCUUCACCAUGGCUACAAGAUAUCAAUCAAGCGGUGCUUAAACACCAAGAAAAUGGGGCAAUAGAAACCAUAGAACAGCGAUGGUUCAACAAAAAGACCUGCGAUUUAAAACCAUUCAAACAGCUUGAGAUAAUAAAUCUGAGCGGUUUGUUCAUGACAGUAGUUAUUGUUAUUGCCUUCUGUGUACUGGCGAUUUUCUUGGAGUUCGGCGUAGUCAUUGCCAUAAUGAAGUUUGGCGACCGUCUCGGUGCAAUAGGAAAGUUCAUGAAGAACUUUGUUUUGAAUGUGAAGGAAGGUGAAGAAGCACAUCUCAAAAUGCAAUAUUCGUUUAUAUUCAGACGCCAUCGAAAGGAAAGCUGGGAUAUUGCGGCUGCUAAUGCGAGAGUUGAGAGAAUCACAGGAGUGGAGCUUGGUUUUCAUAACAACGAAUACUGCUUCUCUCAAGAACAGCCGCUGGGUCACGUGAACUCUGACAUGAAUGGCAAUGGGCAUAUCACAACGAAUAGAGUUUCCCAAAUGAACACCCAUGCACACGUCAACGGGCACAUGAGCCAUAGCAGAACUAGAAAAUUGAAAGAAACUGAAAUGAUGACAAAACUAUAA